AUGCAGGUCUCUCGUAUCGCUGCACUUGCUGCCCUCCUGCAGGGUGCCUGGGCACAAGCAGGCCCCUACGCUCAGUGCGGCGGACUCGGCUAUUCAGGAAGCACCGUCUGCACUGCAGGUUAUAUCUGCACUUCACAGAAUCCUUAUUAUUAUCAGUGUGUCCCGGCAACAGCAACGACUACAAUCGCAGCAACGACUACAACCUCGCCUGCUUCAGCAUCCUCCACUUCCACUGCCCCUUCGACCACUUGCACUGGGACGUUCACGCCCAUCUCAGCCGCCGACUUUGUCGCCAAUCUCAAUCCCGGAUGGAACUUGGGAAACACACUCGAUGCAAUCCCCGACGAAGGGUCAUGGAAUAAUCCUCCCGUUGUGCCGUUGACGUUUGACGAUGUGAAAGCGGCGGGUUUCAAGAGCGUCAGACUUCCAGUCACCUAUGCAUAUCACUUUGUAGGUGGCUCCCCUGACUGGACCAUCAACGCGACAUGGCUGCAGAGGGUAUCCGACGUGGUUGACAUGAUCACAUCCCGCGGGUUGUACGCCAUCGUCAACGCUCAUCACGACUCGUGGAUCUGGGCGGACGUAACCCAGCCAGGCGCAAAUCUGACCAUGAUCGAGGAAAAGUUCUACCGUCUCUGGUACCAAGUAGGCAGCAAGCUGGCGUGCAAGUCCAGCCUGGUCGCAUUCGAGCCCAUCAACGAACCGCCCUGCAACGAUGCGACUGACGCCGCCGAAAUCAACAAGCUGAAUGCCAUCUUCCUGAAGGCAAUCAACGAUGCCGGCGGAUUCAAUGCCCAGCGCGUGGUGACCCUCGUUGGUGGCGGCGAGGACAGCGUCAAGACAUCGGAGUGGUUCGUGGCGCCGACGGGGUAUCCGAAUCCUUAUGCGAUUCAGUUCCACUACUACAAUCCUUAUGAUUUUAUUUUCAGCGCAUGGGGCAAGACGAUCUGGGGCUCAGAAUCCGACAAAUCCGCCCUGUCGACCGAUCUCCAACUGAUCCGAAACAACUUCACUACCGUUCCUCUUCUGAUCGGAGAAUACGAUGCGUCCCCGACAAACUGCGAAACGGCCGCGCGGUGGAAGUACUUCGACUAUUUCAUCCGCACCGCUAGCGCGCUCAACAUAUCAACCAUCCUGUGGGAUAACGGUGGAGAUCAUCUCGACCGUACGACCGGCACCUGGCGCGAUCCAUCUGCCAUCAACAUCAUCAUGGACGCAACCGGGGGAAUCACCAACAGCCUGCCCGACAGCACGGAGGAUCCGAGCGCGACGACGCAGUGGUCGUCCGCGUACAUCUUCCACAAAUACGGGGAUCCGGUCAGCGAUCAGAGUCUCCCGUUCCUGUUCAACGGGAACUCCGUUUCGUCGAUCAGUGCGUCGGACGGGACGAAAUUAACGGCUGAUACGGACUACGUCGUUGCCGGCUCGAAUAUCACAUUCAAGGCGUCGUUCCUCUCGAAAUACCUCUCUUCGACAACCGCGCCGGGCAUUCUCGCCAAUCUGACCGUGAGCUUCUCUGCGGGUGCUUCGGAGGUGAUCCAGCUCGUGCAGUGGAAAACGCCUUCACUGUCGUCCACUUCCGCGGUUGCGUCUGCCGUCAACGGCUCCGAUCUUUACAUCCCUAUCACCUGGGGCGGUAUACCGAAGCCAGCGGCCGUGAAAGCCGUCGAGGCGAAUGGGAACUACCUCGUCGACAGCUGGACGGAAUACCUACCUGCGAUCCAGCAGGGGAGGACAACAUACAGCAGCCAGUGGAACUGGGACGACUCGCAUGUCAUCAUCACUGCAGCGACAAUCAGCGACGUUCUUGCUGCGGGCCAGACGACUGUGUUUACGUUCGAGUUUUAUCCUCGAGAUAACGGGGUUGUCAACGCGGUCAAUUUUACGCUGACUGUGUAG